AUGGCCAGAAGCUUCAAGCUUAAAGUCCGUCUCUUCAUCUCCUUUUUCCGAUUCUGCCGCCCCAAAUACCUAAAUGCUUUAACAUUCCCCAAAACCUCUUCGCCGGAAAACUCCCCUUACAGGAAGCAAAUUCCGGCAAACCCCGAAUCCUGCUAUAGCUGUUACCCUAAUCCACCUUCACCACCGCCAUCAACGCCGGUGGAUUUCUUUGCCGACCCUUCCAAAGAAAAGUCCACAUCAAUCUGCAGUAGUUGCAAAUUGAAAUCAUACGCUCGAAAAAACGGACUACUGCAAGGGAAAGAAAGCAGAGCCGAAACAGAGCAUGAAAUUAGCAGCGAAGAGAAUCAGCGUUCUACUCCAUUUUCUUGGAUAACUAGAAAGGCAUCAAAAAUUAAGAAGAAGUUAAAGAAAACGGGGCUUAGAAGCAAGCCAUUGAAGGCGAAUGGCUACGGGGAAAAGGAAAGCGAAGAAACAGAUGCGUUGGUGAACUCUUCGAUAAGUUUCUCCGACGAUGUAUCACCAGUGAAGAGAAGUAAAAGAGCGUUGUACCUGAGGAAAUUGGAAGGGAAAAUGGGGAAGAGCUUUGUGCAGGUGAAGAGAUCGAAGGAACCACAAGAAGAUUUCAAGAGGUCGAUGGCACAGAUGAUAUUGGAGAAGGAGAUUUUUGAAAUAAAGGGGUUGGAAGAGCUUUUGCAAUGUUAUUUGACAUUGAACUCGCCGGAGUAUCAUCGAAUAAUCGUCGGAGCUUUUUCUGAAGUUUGGGAGUUUCUGUUCUAUGAUUCCCACUUGAACAAGGCUGUUCAACGUGACUGA